ACAGCCCUAGUUUGUCAAUCGUUUAACAGCUGAGCGCCGACAAUCACAUUUGUAAAUAAUUUAUAAAUAACUAAAAAAAUGUCGUGCGUGGACGCAAUUGGUGAGCUAGAGACACGCCUGGGCGAGACCACCUUGGAAGAUGUCGCUGGCCGCCAUCGACGUGAGCGCAAGGAGCUGCAAGCCAAGUUGCAGGCAAUGAAGAAGAAUGCGCCAAAGAACAACAAAAACAAGCGUAAGGAGUUCCUUGAGGAGAUGGCCCGUCUAGAGGGUGAACUGGAGCAGCGUCACAAAUCAGAGCUGGAAGAAGCUGCUGUGGCACCCGAGCCAAUUGAGCUGCCGGUGGAAAAGCCGACAACGGUCGAGAGCGACAACAACGAAGAUAAUGAAGUGAAUCCAACGAAGCAGCAGGAACAGCGUGUGUCGAAGGCGCAGAAACGUCGCAACAAGAAGGAGCAAGAGGCACGGGAACGUGAGCAGGAAAUACGCGUGGAACUGCAGAAUGCGGCCAAUCAACCGUCUCCAAAGCAAAUUGAGCUACAACAAAUCACAGCCAAGUUGAGCGCUCGUAAAUUGGCGCUCCACAUGAUCGCCUCCGAUGGCGACUGUCUGUAUCAUGCGGUGCGGCAUCAGCUGCAGCUGCAUGCGCUGCCCGGUCACAGUGUCCAGGAGCUACGCCAGGAGACGGCGAACUAUGUGCGUGCACACAAGGAUGCGCUCAUUUGCUAUAUGACGCAUCCGGAUACUGGCGAUCUACUUAACGAUGAGCAAUUCGAAGAUUACUGCCAUGACAUAGCCAAGACGCACGCCUGGGGCGGACACAUCGAACUGAAGGCGCUCUCCUCACUCUUGCGUGUGCCCAUCGAGGUCAUCCAAGCGGAGGGCGCCUCCACACUGCUGGGCCAGGAUGAGUUUGGUGGCGCCCCUCUCAUCAUAUGCUAUCAUCGUCAUAUUUAUCAGCUGGGCGCUCAUUACAACUCCACGAUGCCGCUGGAGUAGUAAAGAAAUUAUAUAGUCCAUCAUUUCAUGUGUAACAUGUUUAUUGAUUUAAUAAUAUAUCGUCUCUUUUUAUAAAUAUGCAA